AUGGCCAGCAAAGGCAACACCGCAUACGGCGCGCCCUCAUCAGAUACCGCCUUCCGCAAGACCUGGGACCGCGAAGAAUACGCAAAAAAAGCCGCCGACGAAGAGACCAAGCGCAAGGAAGAAGGCAAGGCACGCUACGAGGCAAAGCUACUCGGCAAAAAAUGGCACGCGCCGGUGGAUUACAGCUCCCUCGAGGCGACGACAUCCCGUAAGCAGCGGCUCGAUGUUGCGUCGAUGGUGGGAAAGACAACAAUCGUGCCGGCGGGAUCGGCAGUGGGCAAGAGAGGUCGCGGCGCUGGUUUUUACUGCUCCGACUGUGAUCUCACCUUCAAGGACAACCUGCAGCUCGUGGAGCAUUUGAACAGCAAACAGCAUCUGAUCGCCACCGGGCAGAGUGGGGAGGUUGUUCGGGCUGGGCUGGAGGAUGUACGACAACGGUUGCGGUUCCUGGCUCAUCAGAAGCGAGUUCGGGAGGCAGAGGAACGGCGGGCGUGGCAGCUGGAUCUCGGGGAACGAUUGAAGGAUAGGGAGGAACAGGACGCCAAAGAAAGAGAGGAGAAGAGAAGGAAGAGGAAUGAAAAGCGCCGGAAGGGUGGUGAGAACGGGAUCAAACAGGAGGAUGAUGGUUGGGAAGGUCGACUGGGCAUCAUCGCAUGA